UCCAAGGGGAAGAUUACAGGGCCAGGGCAGACCUGUUGUGUUUUGGCAGCACCUGUAAGUAACUGUAAGGGAUGGAAAGUCGCUUUGCUCAUCUCGCAGCCAUGGUGCUCGCACUUGUGUUCCCUCAUUGCUGCUUUGAACUUCACUUCCUCUUUGUUCCCCUAAUCAAAAGAAAAUGACCUCAAUUAAGGUAUCUGGCACAGCAGCGUUUGUGUCAUAUGGAGACUGCUGUGUGCCUUCGGAAAAGCAGCAAUGCUGGGGCCUGAGUCACAUGGGGCUGACAAGAGAAAGGGGUGGAUCGAGCUUCCUGAGUGCAGUGAGAGCCCAGUUUGAUUCAUGCAAAUCAGGGGUUUUGUGUAAUGUGAGCUCCACCUGUUUGAGAUAGGAUGGGUGACUGACACGGACCUUUUCAUAGCGCUUUGGAAAUGGAAAGGGCGUCUCUGUGGCGGAAUGUUUACCCAGGCGUGCUCAUACAUGUUUGCAUGGAGGAACACGCAUCUCCUACGUGUGCUUACGGUGAGCCCCAGGAACCUGCACAAGCAGCGUCUGUCGUGACAGAAAUUGCUCUUGGCCCACGAAGGCUGCUCGGUUGGUUGGGGGUCUGUGCUGUGUGUUCUUAGGCUCCAGCCUUCUGAGCUGCUGUCCUGGUAUUUGGAGAGCAAAUUUUAAUGAACACAAUAGAUUAGUCUAUGGAGAAUGUUGAGCUUUAGAAGCACCGGCUGUGGAUUACCAGCAGAUAGCCUUGGCAGAAUGGAGGCAGAGAGCUUAGAUUAAGUCCCACUCAACAAAACCACAUCUAAUAGUGGAAAUGUACUGAUAUCAUGGAAGGUGAAAGAAGAGGGAUUUUAACUCCUGUUCUGUGUGCUUGAUACAAACAGGUACCAGGAGGUGCAGUCACUCUGCUGAUGUAUUUUGCAGCAAACCUACUCUGUUUUUUCCCUUGGAAGCAAAGAUGAGUCACAGGUGCUCAGCUGGGGCUGGGCUCGGUGAGUGAACAAGGCACUCUCCAGUAAGGUACCAGUCUGGGGUCACUGGUGGGGAUCAGUGGGGACAGGCUGUCCUGGGGAGGUACCGCGGGUGCAGGUUUGUGUGAGUGCUGAGGGGAUGCAGUCCCGAAUUGAAGCUGAAUGCAGCAGCUGGAACCCACGUCCUGUAGAGCCCUGCGGUGCAGAGCAAAGCCCCUUGACCAGGCUGACCAGGGCUGCGGCCCGGCUUCUUCUGCUCUGCCCCCUGGCAAACCUCUGCUGCGCCUGAUGGAGGCAUUGCUGCUCUGAGCUCCCUGAGCACAGGCGAGGGAUGGCAAAUGAGCUGCGGAUGGGGCCACUGGCAGCUCCCAGUAGGGCACUGUCUGUUAAACAUGAAAAGCAAACCCAGAUUGGUCAAAAGGGCCUGGAAGGAAGCAGGAGUUACAAAUAGGGACUGAAAGCUGAAGAGAGAAAAUCUUAAUUAGAUCUCCACAACCUGUAGAGGAACAUAUUUGGAUUAAAAUGAAACGGAGCUUUGUACUCUCUGGAUUCAGUGCAAGAAUGGAAGAAUUAUUCACAUUUGCUAUUUGUGAAGCUGGAUUGCUUUUUCUGUGAACUUGUCUUUUUAACUUCUCACCUUGUCAGAAAGCUGUGAAAAGCUGCUGGGAUGGUGUAUUUGGGGUAGUUCUUAUCGCAGCACAUAGCAGAACCAUUUCCAUGGUUUCAGAACACGGGCAGAGUUCCCUAUUUAAUCUGAUCCUCCCCACGUUAGCUCCUUUCCAGUGGCAAGCCGGUCUGUCCACCCUUCACCCACCUGCCUCAUCGUUCACUACCGCUGAUAUUUUCUCUUUGUGAAUAUCUAUCAAUAUUUAAUAGGGUGGUGUCAGUGUUGCUGUAAGAUGAGAGGAACUACCAGAAACCUUGAAUUAUGCAUUGUGUGGCUGGGGGAAGCUGGGCAGAGUUUUCUUUUGGACCCAGAGCUCUUGGAGUUGAUCUCCAGGGGCCGCAGCGAGAGCUCCCGGUAAUGGAAGAGCCCCAGAAGAAGCUCGGUGCUCGGCACGAGGGGAGGCCCCGCAAAGUGAGGUUCAAAAUAUCAUCUGCCUACAGCGGCCGGGUGUUGAAGCAGGUCUUUGAGGACGGGCAGGAGCUGGAGCUCCCGGCCAAGGAGCACUCCCGGCUCUUCGUGCGGCACUGCUUCGAGCCGGGGGACCAUUGCGCUGCGGAGCUGCCCGAGCGCAGGCUGCUCCCGCCGGCCAAGCUGAGCGCGCAGCGGGUCAGUAUAUUCAAAGAGGGGCAGGCGCUGGGCCUGGGCAGCGCCUCGCCUCUGCUCGACCGCCCGCCCGCAGACAGCUCCUGCCAGCCUUCCCCAGUUCUAGACUUUGGCAAGAUCAUCAUCUACACAAACAACCUGAAAAUCAUCCGUGCACCGAUGGACCAGAAAGAGCUCAUGAGAAGAAUCAUCCAGACUGAGGGAAUAAAUGACUGGGCCUUCAUAUACCGGGAAAAGAAAGAAAGAUUUGGUGGUGGACAUAGAAAAGAUGUGGAAAAAAAGGUUGUCUGCAACCAGUAUGUGCAGGAAGGAGAUGACGAACAUGGGUGCUCCCAGUGUAAGGGGUCGGGCUCUGCCCCUUGCUCCCUGUGCCACGGAAGCAAGUUUUCAAUGCUGGCAAACAGGUUCAGAGAGUCCUACCGGGCCCUGCGCUGCCCGGCGUGCAAGGAAAGCGGCGUGCAGCCCUGCCACAUCUGUGCCGCCUGACCAGCACCGCCGCUGCGACCUGCUGCGGAGACUGAGCUGUUCCACCCGCAGACAGCCCUGCUGUAACGCAGGGUUUAGGAGGUGGGAAAGGCACAUUGCGCACAUCUCACUGCGGAUGUGAAUCCUGCACCUCUGCUACCAACUGUCCCUCCUGUCUGCACCUGCCUGCCCUCUGAAUCAGCCCAGACCCCAGGGGCUGCAGGGGGGAUGUAUGCCAGGUCGGGUCCCGACCCAUCAGUAACAUCACUGAAUGCAGCAGUAGGUGCAGCUUGGGCAGCGUACUUGUCAGGGUGUGAAGUGUGUCUGUAGCACAGCAGCACGGUGCCUCCCCUGGGUUUAACUUGCUGAAUGAUUUAGAAUUACACUGGCUUUUGUAGUUAACACUGUCCCUGCCCUGCUCUGUCACAAGCAUUUCCCAAAGACUUUUCUUCCUUACAUACACUUUAGUGGGCACAGUGGUUCCUUUGGGGUCUGAUUUGUGGGAAGGAAGUGAAAGCCCUUCCCAAACCUGGAGCUAUAAAAAUGUACCAUACUUUA